GCUACUACUAAGACACAUCGCGAGAGAACAUUAACAAGCAAAGACAUUUUUUUACUUUAAUUUGGCUUGUUUGUUGCCAAUCCGAAACAUAUAUUUUUACUACACGUGUAGCCGCACGCUAGUGUUUGCUAGCAAUCAUUAGCGGUGCUUAACGUGCUUACACACGAGAAACAACUAGCAACGGCUAGCACCAAGUUGGCACAGGGCGGCCAUUAGUGGAAUUAACGCUAAUAAGAUACCUGAAAUCAUAUCUGGUUGUUGUGGAUUAACGCUAAACAAUAUGUGGUUACCGCUGCUAAUUAGCAACCAACGGCUAUCCAUUAUUUUAGCUUAGUUGCUUCACAUUGGAAAUGGUUAACGGUUACACGUGCCCAGUGCGUGUACCUACAAAGCAAAUUUUAACCACAUCAAGCCACAUGUUUCUGGAAGAGGCUGGUUUUGACUUAGCUCUCUUGUCAGAGUUACCAGAUGAGUGUUUUGUAGAAAAAGUGGGGCUCCGUGUCGGAGUGCUGCACAGAUGAUUUGAAAACAGCUUGUAGCCAUCCAGUUGCUCUGGUGUCUGUAAGCGGGCAGUUGGGCGGCUUUUGACCGUGUUUAGAGAGUUUCACCAUCCUGAGCUGAGGACAAAAAAACAUGACUGUGGCCAAUGCAAAGUCUGGCUCAGCCAUGCAGCAGGUACUGGACAACCUUAAAGACCUGCCAUCAGGCACAGGAGCCAAAGAUAUUGACCUCAUCUUCCUCAGAGGCAUCAUGGAGAGUCCUAUCGUCCGCUCCCUCGCCAAGGCCCAUGAGCGUCUUGAGGAAGUGAAGUUACAAGCCGUGCGAGACGAUAAUGUUCAGCUGGUAACAGAGAUCCUGGAUUCCCUCAACAACCUGCCAGAAAAAGAUGCUGCCGCUGCAGAGCUUGCCAAAAUCCUCCAGGAGCCUCACUUUAAGUCUUUGAUAGAGGCUCAUGACAAAGUGGCUGCAAAGUGCUAUGAAAUGCCCCACACUGCUGAGAACAGCAAUGCCAUGUUGACGAGUCCGCUCAUGCCAGCUGAUGCUGUCAGGAUGAUUGGCAUCCAGAAGAAAGCCUGGGAACCACUGGGAGUGACGUUCCGUGUGGAGCGGGGAGAGAUGGUGAUAGCUCGGAUCCUGCACGGCAGCUCGAUUGACAGGCAGGGCAUGCUGCACACGGGAGACAUAAUCCGUGAGGUGAACGGUCGCGAGGUCGGUAGCGACCCCAAUGAACUCCAGGAGCUGCUGAGGGACUGUAGUGGAAGCAUCACACUCAAGGUCCUGCCCAGCUACAGAGACACACCAGCACCUCCACAGGUUUAUCUGAAGCCACACUUCAACUAUAACCCGGCCACAGACAACUUGAUCCCCUGUAAAGAGGCAGGCCUGGCCUUCCACAAGGGAGACAUCCUUCAUGUUGUUAACAAGGAGGACCCCAACUGGUGGCAGGCAUGUCAUGUUGUUGGUGGAGCCACCGGGCUCAUCCCCAGUCAGUUCUUGGAGGAAAAGAGGAAAGCUUUUGUGAGAAGAGACGGGGAUACUUCUGGUACAGGAAUGCUCUGUGGUACUCGAACUACAAAGAAAAAGAAGAAAAAAAUGAUGUACCUCACUGCAAAGAAUGCAGAAUUUGACCGUUACGAGCUGCAGAUCUAUGAGGAGGUAGCCAAGAUGCCGCCGUUCCAGAGGAAAACGCUCAUUCUGAUUGGAGCCCAGGGAGUUGGGAGGCGAAGCCUGAAGAACAGACUUAUCGUCAUUAACCCUCUGCAAUACGGAACCACUGUACCCUUUACGUCACGCAGUCCCAGGGAAGAGGAAAGAGAUGGCCAGAACUACUGUUUUGUGACACGGGCGGAGAUGGAGAAGGACAUCAAGGAGAGCCGUUACUUGGAGCACGGCGAGUAUGACGGCAACCUUUAUGGCACCAAGAUCGACUCUAUCCAUGAAGUGGUGGAUACAGGCCGUACCUGCAUCCUAGACGUCAACCCUCAGGCCCUGAAAGUGUUAAAGACUGCUGAGUUCAUGCCAUUUGUGGUGUUUAUUGCUGCUCCUGAACUAGACACAUUAAGAGCUAUGCACAAAGCUGUGGUAGAUGCUGGACUUACUACCAAACUACUCACAGAGAACGAUUUGAAGAAGACUGUGGAUGAGAGCGCAAGGAUCCGUCGGGCGUACAGCCACUACUUUGACCUGACUAUUGUCAAUGACAAUCUGGACAAGGCCUUUGACAAGCUGCAGGAGGCGGUAGAGCGAUUACUCAUAGAGCCACAGUGGGUUCCAGUCAGCUGGGUCUACUGAUGUCCUACUUCCCACCCCCCCUCCAACUGGACAGACAUGGCUGACCAAGCUGCUAGGCCUGGGAUGAAAGGGGACACCUGAAGGGACGGAGGAUUCAACACUGCACUGCACACACGGACAAAGUGUUGGACAUCAAGCCCUGUGUGAAUUCGCACAAAGCUGCAUCAGAGUCACCUUGAUCUGAAUUGCCAGAUGCCCUUUAGCACACUAUGCAACUCACAACACACAGGAAGUGUACUUAUUUAUUGGCAAAAUAUUUUUUAAAUAACUUCUUAUUCAAAUGGAUUGGAAGAAAUGACAUUGGCAUUUGUGUCAGGAUGUUUUAAUAAAAGCAAAAACAAUUUUUGCCAUCUCCUGUUAUGUUAAUUUUACAUCUGUAUGUAAGAUAGGUAAAGCGUAUUUAUUCUACAAAGAUGAGGGCUUUCUCAUUGAUAAGGAUGAUACCUCAGUGUUACGGUUUACAGUGCACAUGCCUCCAGUAUGUCAUCUCAUUUUCUUUCACUACAAAUAGGUGAUCAUUCAUGUAGAAUAGUGUCAUAUGUUUUCCAAGUCCUUUUUCCUCCUCAAGGCUACGUUCAUGGCCUGGCGUCUUUAGAGUUCAACCUCAUGAAUGGAAAAUGUCAUGCCAGUCAGUGUGAUGUUGAACAGGAAGAAAAAUAAUACUGUAGUGUUUAUCCAUUAUUUGUCUUUUAAGCACAAGAGACAUUACAUUAAUUAUGUUGAUUUGUUGUCAGACAUUUGGAUCAUGUAAGUAUAUCUGACUGUUAGAGCAGUUGAUAUGGUGCUGUGUUUUUUUUUUUUUGGAAGACAGAAAAAAAACUUUCCACAGGACUCUUAAAACAGGGUACUGCAUCUCAGUGAACCAUCCCUUUUGAUGUGAUAUUACUAAAACGUAACUGUUUUAAAUAAAGUUCAUAUUUACUUAUAAAAAGGUAUAUUUUACAAUAUUUCAGAAAAGAUGUAUUUUCAGAUGUCAAAUAAAUAACUGGUGUUUUCUAAUGA